AUGGUUGAGCUUUUUUUCAGUAAGUUCUCUACUAUUGACGUCCACGACCAUCUUCGCCAGGGAUCGCUUGCUAUUGAGCGUGAAUGGAUUACACAGAGCUGGAUGCAUCGAGUAUUCGGAACUAUCCUGGGGAUGGUAGUUGUGGAUGCCUACCUAACUUAUCGCCACGAAUCGACUGAGCGUCAAUUUGUCGAAAGUACCGUGCUGAAUUUCAGCGAUUUUGUAUCCCAGCUCGCUCAUCAACUCAUUUUCAACGAGCACACCAUGAAGCGAACUCUGCGAACCGACAGCGGGUCGACCAGUACGGAUGAGCCUAGCCACACCUUGAAAGCCUUUGGAGAUCUCCCACAAUACAGUGAAGCGCGUAAGGCAGGCAAGCGUGUGCAGCGGCAGUGCCGCCUGUGCCACAAGAAGUGCUCCUACUACUGUGUAGGCUGCUCGGAUGUCCAUUUGAAGUCGUUUUACGGUGUGUGUGGGCCAAGAUCGCACCGUGCCUGCUUCAGUGAGCAUCUUGCAUCACCUUCUAUCUGA